UCUCAGCUCCGCUUUCUGGAUUCACGCCCUUUGCUUUCUCUUCUUCUCGUUUGGCUUCCGCAGCUAUGGAGAUUGCCUUGUAUUUCAUGGGAAACCAAAAAUUGAUGAAGCAACAGAAAGAAAAAAAAUAGGGUGAACUGGUUUAAAACCUUAAAAAAAUGAAAAUAUCUAUGAUGUGACUAGUUUGUGUCUAUGAAAAAAUGUAUCGCAUUAUGAGAUUUAGAAUAUUUGAUUAAUUAGGGUAAAAAUCUAGUGCAUAGGAUGUAAUUUCCCAAAAAAAUAUCCUAAAAUUUUAUUCUAAAUCCAAAGCUAUUCCCGAAAACCCAUAUUCGAUACUUAAAAAAAUACAUGAUGCCAAAAAUAUAUUGAAAUACUCAUAUAUGCCUAAUAUAUACUAGAAGUGUCGGACUCUUUCGGGUCUCGGGUUCAGGUCCAAGAUCCGCGGAUCCUCCAAAACAAGACCCAAUAGAAUAAAAAAAUUGGUUCAGUUUCUAUCCAAACCGGAAAUUUUCGUAUUGGUUUUGGAUCGGAUCCUCGGAAUAUAAAAUAAUUUUCUAAAAAAAAUAAACAAAAAAAUAGAUUUGAAUGAUUAAUAGAUUUGAAGAUAACAUUUUAAAAAUAAAAUACACUAUUGUUUUUAAAUUUUGAAUACAAAAAACUUGAAAAAUAAAAAAUUUAAAUCUAAAUAUCCAAAAAUCUGACCUGGAAUAAUCGAACAUGUGCUAAAAAUACACGAAGUAUAGAAAUAUCCGAACUAUAUCGUAAACAAAAAUCGGAAAUAUCCGAUCCGAACCCGAAGGUAUAUAUGAACCCGCCCACCUCCUAGGCACAUGGCAUCAAACCCGUAUGAAUCACUAGGUAUUUUAUUUGAUGAAAAGGCCCAAUAGACAUGGCAAGAUAAUGGUGACCAUGCCCAACUGAUAUAUAAGAAAUAAACAACGUUAUCGGUUGUCUCGUACUGCACACGAUUUUUUUGAGAGAUUUCAAAGGGCUUGUGUAGGUUUGGAAAGGUAUGGAUAACAAAGAAUCAAGUGACCUGGAGAAUUUACCAACAUCCCCAAUGGCUAAGCGGGCCCGAACGCGUGAAACGACCGGAGAACGGCUACGGAGACCGUUACCCCGCUCGAUCGACUUGAGAAAUCAUGAUCUGGCCUAUGGUUUUGAUAUGUAUUACAAUGACGAACCGCUUAAAUUAGUUCCGUCUACUUGGAGUAAAAACUAUGGUAUCGGUCUCUAUGGUAGGAUUGGACUCCAAUGCUACAAUCUUCAGCAGGGAACAAACUUAAAGUUUAAACGCUUGGAGAAACAUAGUAGCAAGGACACUUCCUUGUUCAGCCUCUACAUAACUUUGGAGGCAACCGAUCCGGCCACUGGCUCUGUCUGCUCUUUUCAGACUCAGUUUGGCGAUGCAGGACGCCGCCUUUCGUUGGGGGCUAGGAUUACCUGGUUUACCUUAGCCUCCAGAAUUAAACAAAUAUAUAACCAGCCUAUUGAUGAUGUAUGGGACGAGGACACACCUGGAAUAAAUGAGUUCUACAAAGUUCCAAUGCCCAAAUGGUUUUCUGAUGAAGCCUUGGAACGUGACAGUAAAAAGUAUUACGUGGUGCCAGAAUCAGAGCUGCAUGACAAUGACUGGCUUCAACUUCUCAUGGAAGUCGCCUUCUUCUCCAAAUCAGAUCGUUGUUUGGAUGCUUACCUACCCUUGGAGCUCAAGAACGUUGUUGUCGAAACUUUUGAAGAUUACACAACAGAGCCUAGUGAGAAGCUCAAAGCUGAUAACGCAAUCUUCUACAUUAGUUACAAGUGUUGCUCUGAUCCUUCAACGCCUCUGGCUGGUGAUCACCGUGCCGUAGUAAGGAAAACCAUGGAUGGCAAACCAGGCCACAUGUGUCUUGAGGUUGCUCUUACCAAAGAACAAGAAUGAAGAAGAGUAUUAUUUUUUAGUUUCUUACCAAAUAUAGGCUGGCAAAAAAAUAUCAAUAAAAACAGAUGAUAUAUAAUUUUUUAGUUUCUAA